AUGGCGACCCGUAUAGGUGAUACCGAUAUCAUUUUUGGCGACAGUCGUCAGCCGAAAGCCCUUCCGCUGUCCCAUCCAAAGGCAAGGUGGGGCGAGUUCGGUCGUGAAACGAAGGUGCUUCCCAAGGGUUAUGUGAGACGCAGAGGGUGCCUUCCCUUACCCUGUGACAUUUUGUUUGAUCGUGAUAUUCCAAUUAAGCUGCGUGAUGGCACCACGGUCUACAUAGACAUCUAUAGGCCUCCGGGUGACGUGAAAAAAUGCCCAGCUAUUCUGGCAUGGUCUCCGUAUGGCAAACAGGGAGGGCGCGGAAACCAAGUUCUCGACGACUUUCCAUUUCGUAUGGGUGUACCUCUGAGAAAGCUCUCGGAACUCCAGAAAUGGGAGGCACCAGAUCCGGGAUAUUGGGUUCAGUAUGGAUAUGCAGUUGCAAACGUUGACCCUAGAGGCGUUGGCAAAAGUGAAGGUGACAUUUAUUCAUUUGGGUCUCAAGAGGGUCGUGAUGGAGCAGAUGUUGUUGAUUGGAUUGGUGAGCAACCAUGGUGCUCGGGCAAAGUUUCCCUCAGUGGAAACUCGUAUCUCUCAAUCUCUCAGUGGUACAUCGCAGCCGAGAAUCCCAAAUACCUUGCAGCGAUCGCUCCGUGGGAAGGCUUCUCAGACCUUUACAGGGAAGGGAUAGCUUUAGGUGGCGUCUUCACUGAACCCGCCAUGAAUUUCAAUCUUCAAAUCCUCCAAGUCAAUGCGGGAGAAAACUCAUGGGAGAAUACCGCGCAGAUGGCGAUUGAUCAUAAGAUUUUUGGCGCUUAUCAUGAUGAUAAACGGGCCAAAAUCGAGAACAUCAAUGUCCCCUCUUACGUCGUUGCAAGUUGGUCAAAUCCAAUUCACACUUUUGGAACGUUCUGUGGCUACAUGAAACUGAGAUCUCCUAAGUGGCUUCGAGUACAUGAUACUUGGGAAUGGCCCGAUUAUUAUGAGGAAGAAAAUCGGGGAAUUGAUAAUGGAUGGGAACAUACUCCAAAAAUCCGGGCAAAGAUUUUAGACACAGCCAAGCCGUUGCCCAAAACCGGAGUGGACAGGACAUUUACAGCAUUCCCGCCACCAGAGGCUGCUCCUUUCAAACUUUUCCUCGACUUAUCGGACAAUAGCCUGUCUCCUGUUUACCCACAAUCGUGCCAGGGAAGCUAUUCCGCCAAUAAAGGAGGACUUUCUUUUUCAUAUACAUUCCCUAAGGCGGUAGUUCUAUGUGGCCUUAUUGAUAUGUCACUAGCCGUAUCGCUAGACGGAGCUUCGGAUACCGAUGUUUUUAUCACAUUUGAAAAAGUGACCAAAACCGGCGCUGUUGGUAAACAGCUCAAAAUUCCAUACGAAAAGUCCUACCAGUCAUACCUGAUUCGAGCAGCAAAUUGCUCUGGACUUGCCCCAGAUACCGAUGUACUUUUCUACAAAGGUCCCGUGGGUCAGAUUCGUCUAUCUCGACGAAUGCUCGAGAAAGAGCAUGCGGUUCCCGGCUUCAAAAUGAGUGAUAUGAAGCAGUACAAUCCGGUACAAGAUGGCGAGAUUGUUAUUCUUCAACCACCGUUGACUCCAAUUGGAAUGGAAUUUUCAGCCGGUGAAGCUCUUCGGGUUCAUGUAUCAGGCGUCAACACCUCAGUAUUCCCUCCAAUCGACCAAGGCACAUUAACUGUACAGGGGUUGGAGAAUUUGAAUAAAGAUGGUGUCGUCACUGUCCAUUGCGGAUCGAAUAGCGAAGGGGACUCAUACAUAACCUUGCCCAUUUUGAGUGACAGUUGA